AUGACACCGACAACCCGACGUGGACAGUAUCGUAAUGAGUAUCUUGCCGCUCUUGCAGCAACCUCAUCCCUGGUGGCGUCGGUAGCCUGUGCAGGCUGGUCUUCACCGGCGAUACCGAUGCUCCGUGGUCCCGAUUCCCCCAUACCCAUCACUGCCGAUGAAGGUUCAUGGAUUGUGUCACUGCUCUCGAUUGGUGCCCUGUUCGGUCCGAUCGCUUGUGGCCUGCUCGUCGAUCGGUACGGUCGCUGGAAGGUACUGAUGGGAUCGGCGCUCCCAAUAGUGGCCGGUUGGGUAAUGAUCGCCUUUGCCCAAUCCAUCGGUGUACUGUACGCGGCUCGGUUGCUCCAUGGAUUCGGUUACGGGCUCGCCUACUCCGUCACUCCGAUCUAUCUCGGUGAAAUAUCAUCGGACGCGGUCCGUGGUUCGACCGGCGUGUUAGUGACGGUCAUGGCCAAGCUGGCCUUUCUGCUCCAGUACUCGAUCGGUCCGUAUGUAGGCUUCCGGGCGCUGGCAUGGAUAUCGCUGGCUUUUCCCGCCCUGUUUUGUGUCGUGUUCGCCUGGAUGCCCGAGACACCGUACUACCUGCUGGCUCGUGGUGACGAUCAAGCUGCCGCCAGCAGUCUACGAUGGUUACGGCGUGACGAGGCCAUCAUUAGUGAGUUGGGACGCAUGAAAAAGCUGGUUGAGCAUAGCAAGCAGACAACGAGUAACCCUCUAGGUCAAUUGUUUGUCCCGACAAACCGGAAAAGCCUUCUCAUCAUUCUGCUCCUAUCGCUCGGUAUGCAAUUGACCGGUAUUAAUGCCAUCCUCGGCUACUCACAGACCAUCUUCUCUCGGUUGGCGCUUCCGUUGUCGGCGGCCGAGCUAUCGAUUGUGCUCGCCCUGGUACAGCUUGGUUCCGUGAUGUUACCGACCUUCCUCGUCGAUCGUACUGGACGUCGACCGCUGCUGCUCAUCUCGACCGCCGGUUCAUUCGUUGGGUUGACUACUUGUGCCGUGUACUUUACGCUCGAUAAUGCGGGUGAGCUUUCGCCGGAACCGGGAGCCGCCCACGGCUGGAUACCGUUUGUGGCCGUGCUGGUGUUUAUUGUUUCGUUCGCGGUCGGGUUGGCCACUGUUCCGUUUGCCAUCCUUGGGGAGGUGUUCCCGAAGCAUAUUAAAGCGAUGGCGAACACCGUGUUUGCGGUGAUCACUUCGGCGGUCGUGUUUUCGGUCGUCAAGCUAUUCCAGGUCAUUUCCGAUGGGGCCGGUACGUACGUUUCGUUCUGGAUCUUUGCCGGCUGUACCGCCGUGACCGGGGUGUUGAUCUACUACAUUAUACCGGAAACGAAAGGCCAAUCGUUCGAGCGAAUACAGGAGAUCAUGCAAAGGGGUAAGAGUGGCUCAACGGGAACUCAGCACACUGAAGAGUUGAAACAGAGGAGGCAAUUAUUAUGUUAA